CAAAACAAACGUCGCGUGUGCAACGCGUUUGCACGUGCGGAUGGGCAUUUUGUCCCGUAUUAUUCAUAUAAUGGUGUAUAAAGAACCUGAUUUUCCGUGGCCAGACUGCCCAGUAGUUUACUCCACCCGUGAACUCUCAUAUUUCUUGGCUUCAAAGGCGGGGUAAAUACCUGAACAUGGAUGGAUCUGGCGGCUCCGGCAGCCCUGGCGCUGCCCAGUCGGGAAGCGGAGUGGAGUCGGCAGGGGACCAGGAGGACGACCCGUCCUCCUCCUCUUUCCUCACCGUUUUGAGCGAGACAUCAGAGUCGCAGAACCAGCAGCCGGCCCUGGAGGAUGACCUGGAGCAGUUCCGGCUGCGAUGGAAGCAGGAGGUCUCUCAGCAGCGACAGCAGCAGCAGCAGACUGCCCCGACCUCGGCUGGAUCCCGUACAGCCGCCGCAGACACCGGCUCGGCCACCAAACUGGAUCAGGCGGUCGAGCUGUACAUGGACGGCAUGCGACUGGAGCAGCGCGGCCUGCUGUACGAGGCCAUCCAAAAGUACCGGCGCGCCGAGCAAACUAACGCCGCUGUGGAGGAGGAGGUGCGCCGCGUGCUGCUGGCCAGGCACCAGGCUCAGCAGCAACAGCAACAGCAGUCUCAACAACAGAAACAACAGCAGCAACACACGGACGCUCCGCCCGCGGGGGACGGUGGGGAGGACUCUGACGAGGAACAGGAGGACUCGCCAGAGGACGUGCUGCGGCGACUGCAGCAGCUGAGCCUUCAGGACGCCCGCUGCUGCCAGCCCAACGUCCCACAGACGGCGCGGCACAUCUCCUGCCUGCCCGGCGAGGUGAUGCAGCUGAUCACCUGUUGGGUGGUGUCCUCUGACCUGGACGUCCGCUCCCUGGACAUGCUGGCGCUGGUGUGUCGUGGCUUCUACCGGCUCGCAAGGGAUAACGCCGUCUGGAAACGCAUCUGCCGACGGGCUCUCGGCCCGGGGGCUGCUGAAUCAUCCGGUCCGUCGCCCGUAUGGCGCGAGCUGUACCUGUCACGACCCCACCUCCACUUCAACGGCUGCUACAUCAGCCGCGCCUCGUACAUCCGCGGCGGCGAGCUGAGCGGCUACCAGGACCACACGUACCGGCCCUGGCACAUGGUGCACUACCAUCGGCUGCUGCGCUUCUUCGCCGACGGCCAGCUACUGAUGCUGACCUCUGCUGACGAGCCGGCGGCGUGUGUGGGCCAGCUGCAGCUGCAGCGGCCCGGCACCGCCGUGCCGGGGCACUAUCGGCUCAAGGGUGACCGAAUGGUGGCCGUUCUGAGCGUCCCCCGAGAGGCCAGCCGACGGAUGAAGUCGGGCCGGGUGCGCCUCAGGCGACGGGAGAUGGUCCAGUACGACCCCGGACAACAGAUGCUGCACAUCGAGCUGGACGUGCAGCCGUUCCGGCUGGUCUGGCACUCGUACAAGGUCGUCACCGUCUACAGCAACGGCACUGAGUCGACGCACGCCAUCGCGCUCAACGACCAGUACCCGGCGAUGGUGUUCUCUCGGGUCCGCAGCUACACGACUACCAGCGAGGCGCCGCUGCGCUGAGCGACGUUCGGGCGAGGUCAGAGCCGGUAGCUGGUUGUGAUGACCGGGGCUCCCUCAGCAGAGAGCUGCAGAGGCGUGCCGCUCACUGCCCAGUGUACACCCGCGUACCUGUCGAGAGUGUGACUGUGGUACGUUGCAAGAUGGCGUCUUACGAGCCUUAUAGACGCCCCAGCCGGCUGUCAUUUGAGAGACCACCCGUUUUAUGGGCUGGUGGGCGCGGUAGCUUGCGCGAUCGGUUAAGCCGUCAUGGUCGGCUUGCUUUGGAUUGUUUUCUGUGUGAUUUUUACUUAACCCCUCUCGUCGGCAAACCCAACGACUGACGUGCCGCGGAUCACCUUUUGUGACGUUUCCGCCCGUACGCAGAUUAUUGAUUGUUAACUUGAACCGAAGCCAGGAUAUAGUUUCAGGUGCGACGGGACCGCUGUCUCGUUUUGACCACAUUUGAUGGAAGAUACUGUAUAUUUUAAGAUGCCCGGCAGUUGUCAGCGGACAGGGGCGGCUGGGUGCUUAUGUGGUGACUUGGCGUGAGCGUUAGUUGGGCAAUAGGGGUCCAAGAGAGAUAUAUUUUGUGGUUUAAUUAGGCCCGUGCCUGCGUGAUCCAGUGAUCCUUGUCCUGAUGGACACUAACUUUCAUCACUAACGUCGGACGAAUAAGGAGUGUUGUACUAAGCGCGGCUGAUGAUGCUUGUGGUCGCCUGUAGAAGAAAUACACAGGCUGCCGGAU